AUGUCAUCCACCCAUUCGCGAACUCCCUCCUCGUUCUCCCAAUCGCACCGCAGCAACUCUCAAUACUCAAGAAACACAUCAAGCUCGACGACAGCCUCUGCCUUUUCAGCCAGCGUGGGCAGCGGGAUCCGACCACCGAGUAUUCACGCGUCUUCGAACCUUGCUCGACCGAAAUCUUCGCUGGCGAAAGAAAGAGCGACGAGAAUGGCCGACUCGAGGCCUGCUACAUCUCUAGGAACUCGUGGAGGAAACCAGGAAGGCCCUAAUAAACGUAUGGUUUCUAUCUCCAACCUCUCCCUGCCCUUUGGCGCCCGUGCCCCAGUCAAUGGAUCUGUGUGUAUACAAAAGAGACUGCCUCGAAGUUUCUCCACCAACAAAGCCCUUGGUCUGCAUGUGCGUCCGGUCCCGGGUAAACGUGACCUGUCGUCCACCUCCUCAAUCACCAACGGCCUGGCAGAUCUUUCGUUGGGCCCAGAAACCCCCAAGGCAAAGCAACCAGACAGCCCUUCGAGGAUUCCCCGACCGUCUCCGUGUACUCCCAGUGGACCGGAGAAGCAUCAUUUCGCCCCCCAGCCUUUCCCCAAACUGACUGCCACAUCUCCCCGCAAAAAGCAAAAGGAAGUCUUUCUGACAAAGUAUUCUGAUUUAGAAGCCUGGGAUCCCGAGGAACAAUAUGGCAAUAUGGAACGAAUGUACGAGGAUGUGUGCAGGCACUACAAACAAGCCAUGGAGGACAACGUCGAAGCGAAAGAGGUCAACACUUCCUACAAGUCCACCAUUGCGAACCUCGAACAAGAACGGAAAGACCUGACAGAAGCAAUGAUAGCUCUAAGAUGUGAAUUGGAGACAACAAAAUACCGCCUUGAAGCCGCCGAACGAUCGAAUCACGAAUUGAAACGAGACAAUGAGGAAGAAGUCGAAGACCUCAAACGUCAACACCGAAUAGACUCGGAAUCCAUCCGGCAGUCUCACCGGGAAGACAUGGAUCGCCUCAAGGCCGAUCACAGAGAAGAAAUAAGGGACUUGAAGAGAAGAUUAGAGGAGGAACUGGAAAGUGAACGGAGUCAACGACUACAGGCAUUGGCUCAAGUCUCCACACAAGGCGCCCUCGAGAAGCAACGACACGAAAUGGACCUCCAGACAAAGGAUCAGGAAAUCAGGACCAUCAGUAUGGAAGUUGAACGGCUGAAGGUCGACCUUGAAAGAGAGCAGAUGCUCAAUGACGAACUUCGGCAGAACCUGGCCUCGGCUGGGACUACUGCAGUUGCCAUGGAGAGUUCACGGCAAGCCUUGCAAGCCAAGAUCGAAUAUCUCGAAUCUGACAACAAGUCUCAAUCGGAAGCUUACGCAGCCAUGGAGAGGAGGAUGAAUGAAGCUCUCGAGAAGGCGACAGAGUGCGAGGAAAAACUUAGGAAGGAGGAAAUGCUUCGACGAAAACUACACAAUCAAGUACAGGAGUUGAAGGGCAACAUCCGGGUGUUCUGUCGUGUCCGACCGACCAUCAAUAGUGAUCAAUCGGAAGAGACGGCCAAGAUCACGAUUCCAGAGUCCGAAGAGGAAGCCAAAGACAUCGAAGUCAAAGGGCCCGAAGAGACCAACAGCCUGGGCAAGGUGACGACCAAAACGCACCAGUUCUCUUUUGACAGAGUAUUCGAUCCUACCAGCAACAAUGCCGAGAUCUUUGAGGAAAUCAGUCAACUGAUUCAAUCCGCGCUCGACGGCUACAACGUGUGCAUUUUUGCAUAUGGUCAAACGGGCUCGGGCAAGACGUUCACAAUGUCCUCCGAUGACGGAAUGAUCCCACGAGCUCUGCGACAGAUCUACAGCACAAGCAAAGAGCUGGAGAGCCGAGGAUGGACAUAUACGAUGGAAGGCAGUUUCGUCGAAGUGUAUAACGAAGAGCUACGGGACUUGUUGGGUAAAGACGGCGACAACGGGCCGAAAAAGCACGAGAUCCGGCAUGACAUGACGGCCUGCGAAACCACCAUAACAGACGUGACAACUUUGAAUCUCGACAGCCAGGAACAAGUCGAGGGGAUCCUGGCGCAAGCCAUGGCCCGACGGUCGGUGGCGGCAACCAAAGCCAACGAACGCAGCAGUCGCAGCCAUUCGGUCUUCAUCCUCAAACUGGCCGGGUCUAACUCGAUCACGGGCAAGAAGAGCAAAGGCACUCUGAAUCUGGUCGACCUGGCAGGCUCGGAACGUCUGUCGCAUUCGAAAGUCGAAGGCGCCCGGCUCAAGGAGACGCAAAACAUCAACAAGUCUUUGUCGUGUCUGGGCGAUGUCAUUGGCGCGUUGGGCCAACAGCAACAGGCAAGUUCUGGCAGUGGUGCAGGUCCCUUCAACCCGAGGGACAGUGUCAACAAUGGAUCGGGGUCGGGAUCUGGAUCUGGUGGUGGCCAUAUCCCCUAUCGAAACAGCAAACUCACUUAUCUGUUGCAGUUCAGUCUCGGGGGCAAUAGCAAGACGCUCAUGUUCGUCAUGGUCGCGCCUGAGAAGAAGUGUCUCCCGGAAACGAUCACCAGUCUCAAGUUUGCGGACAAGGUGAGCAGGACGAGGAUCGGAGUUGCAAGGAAGAGCGGUGGGAGAUGA